GCACUUACUGAUGAUGUCAGUCCUGACUAAGCUCUGGUUGUGUGUGAUACGCAUGUGGUGCUGGUGUCUGGCCGGUUUGUCCCUCCUGCUCUGCUGAGACAUCGCCUGUGCCAUUUGGACUCUUGUUGUCAUUGAUACCACACGGUCUUAUACACACUCAGGACCAACAACUUCCAUGGCUUUACAGGGAGAUGACGAUUCCUGGUCUCCUCCCUCUGAAUCUGACUUGAAGAUUCUGAGAGCACGACGAGAGCACCAGGACCGAAUCAGUCGUCUUAUGGGAGACUAUCUACUUAAAGGGUACAGAAUGCUAGGAGACAGCUGUGAUACAUGUGGGACUAUUUUACUACAAGACAAACAGAAGAAGCUUCUGUGCAUUUCUUGUCAAGAGCUUGACUCUGAUACUGAGAAGGACAAUCCAGUCCUCAACCAUCAGGCUGCUUUGUCUCAGGUGCGAGAGCGUCAGCUGUGUCACCCGCCUUGCCAGGAAAAUCCUCCUACCGAUGAGGUUCAGCCAGUUUCUAUGCCAAAACCAAAAUCUGACUCUUCGCCAGUCAAGCCUGAUUCUAUCUUGCCAAGCACUGAUGCCAUUGUUUUGGCUGAAAGUGCUGUAUUGGACAAGCUGUGCUGGGCAUCUCACCAGCUCCAAGCAACCUCCUCUGUGGAGUAUAGCUCGCAACUUUGUUCACUCAUUGGUUCUUGUGCACAGAGCUUAAGGUUUCUCCGUGAUCUCAAACACUAAAGGAUUUAUAAUUCACAAUUUGAUUACCACAAAUGAGUUAUCACAGUACUGGGUGACAGGUAUUUCUUGUACUAAGACAAUGCUGCAUCAUCGUGUUUUAGAAUUCUUGUCAUGCAAAUAAUAAGUCCCCUAACAUGUUCUUUCACUAUGUUUUAUUUGAUCUUUAAGUGAAUGAAAAGAGAAUUUGGUUCAUAAGGUAAAUGGUGGUUUCAAAUAUUCGGAAACUAAUAUUUUGCCUAAAGUGCUUAAAAAAAAUUGCUUACAAAAAUUGCUGCAUAGACUAAUAAAGCAUUUAUGGUUUACUGAUUUA